AUGCAUACUCUCAAAGCAGUCGCCUCGUCGACUCUAUCCCUGCCGGCGGAUAAUUACAUCUACUCGAUCGUCGCGUCGGCGCCAGGGACCUUCGCCGCUAUCUCCUCAGAUGAUUCGCUGCGCGUGUUUGACGCCGCUGAUCUCAAUCGUGGAUCAGUGAUCUCACACGCUACCCACAAUGGCGGUGUUACCUCGCUGCGAAGCUUUGCCAUGGGCGAGUCACACCUCUUGGCUACAGGAGGGCGUGACGGGAGGGUGAAGAUUUGGGAUGUGCGAGCUGGGAAUGGGACCCCGGCGGUGGAGAUGGCGACGGCCAAGAAUUCGCCUGUUCUGUCUGUGGCUUGCAACCCGGAAACGAACACUGUGGUUGCGGGAACGGAGCUUGUCGCUUCUCAGGCUGUUGUUGCAUUCUGGGAUAUCAGAAAACCCCAAGACUUCCGCCUUCAAUAUGUGGAGAGUCAUAACGAUGAUAUCACCGAGCUCCAAUAUCACCCGACGCGCAGCAACAUAUUACUCUCCGGCAGCACAGACGGACUCGUGAACAUCUAUGAUACGACAGUAACAGACGAGGACGAAGCCCUGGUGCAAGUAAUCAACCACGGCUCCGUACAUCACGCCGGCUUCCUAUCGGAGAACACGAUCUUCGCUCUCAGCCACGACGAGCACUUCUCCGUGUACCCAGCCACCGACCCAGACGAUGCCGCGCAGGAGCCCGAGCCCGUGCACUUCGGUGACGUGCGCGACCCGCUAGGCUGCGAGUAUGUCGCGCAGCUCUGCGUCGGCUCACAGGGCCCAUACAUCGCCGCUGGAAAUAAGAUUGACAACCGUCUCGAUCUUGUCCCACUCGUUUCCAGCCCGUCGUGGAAGCUGGACCGGGAUAAUCUGUGGCGGUUACCGCGUGCUCAUUGCGAGGAGGUGGUGCGCUCGGUGUAUUUGGAUGAACAGAGUCAAUCUGUCUUCACCUGCGGCGAAGAUGGAUUUGUACGAGCAUGGAAACCUGCCGAGGAAGCUGAUGCCCCAGUCCAGUCUGGGGCUGCAAAGGCUAGGCCGAAGGAAAAGAAGAAAGAUAGAUUCAAGCCGUACUAG